GGUGGCGCCUGGCCGCGCGCCCCGCGCCCCCGGCCCGCCGUAUUCCCGGGGAAAGUUUGUGGGGAGUUGCUGUGGGGGGUGAAGCGCCCUGCCUCUCCAGGAGGAGCCGCCGCCGCCACUGCCGCCGGCGCGGCGGAGCUGGGCUGGUGGCGCUGUGGUGCCGCCGGCUCGGGGGAGGGUCAGAGCGGCCACCGGCGGCGGCGCGGCCCGGCUCCGGCCAGGCGGGCGGGCGGGCCGGCAGGCGUCCGAGUGCCCCGGCCCGGGCGGCGCGGGCUCCGGCCGCUGCCCCAGCUGUCAGCGGGCGGGGCCGCGGGGCCGCUCCCGCAUUCGGUGUCGGGCUCCUAACGCGGACCCCGGGGUUUGUUUACGUCUGGGCGGGAGCCCCGGGGCGCCCGCAGACCCCCCAGCGCCCCGCUCUUUUGUGUGCCUGUCCCAGCGGCGCCGCCGGCUCCCCCGCGGCCGGGGACACGGCUGGGGGCGCUUGGAGGAAACUUGCGGGGGGCGGUGGGGUCGCCCCGCGCGCGGAGCCUGGGUGUCUGGGAGCCCGGGAGCGCUCAGCGGUCGGCUGUGCGGGCGCGUGCGGGGGCCGCAACUUUCUCCCGGCGCCGGCCCCGCGGCGAGUCCCCGUGCGCUGCCUUCCCGGGCGGGGGGCGCCGCCUGUCCCGGCGGCCUCACCGGCGCCCAGGACUUCCCGCGGCCCCGAGUCAUCCUCCCACUCCCCUUUGGCCCUUUCCUCCCGGGCUCUCCCUUCCCAGCGGGGUCCGGGGGUGCGAUGGAGCGCGCUCCGGGUCGGCUCCGAAAUGCCUCCUCGGGUUGUGUUUUCGAAAGCACAGCCCCUGGGGCCCUGCCGAACCGUGGCGUGCGGGGCCGCGGUCCGCGCGCCGAGCCCGUGGCGCCGGCCCGCGAUCGCGCCGGGGCUCCCCAUCCGGCGCCGGAGCCGCCGCCGUGCCCGGGGGGUGCGUCCUCGCGGUCCGCCUCCCACCCGGAGGAGCGGCGCGCCCGCGGGGGCCGCCCCGGACCUGCCGGCUCCAAGCUCGCCGCGCCCGGACAGCCUCGGGACUCGGCCCGGUGGAUGGUGUGCGGCGUAGCGGGAGCCAAGUUGAAGAGGGAACUCGAUGCCACCGCAACAGUAUUGGCAAACCGGCAAGAUGAAAGCGAGCAGUCUAGAAAGCGGCUCAUUGAGCAGAGCCGAGAGUUCAAGAAGAACACUCCAGAGGAUUUACGCAAGCAGGUAGCGCCGCUGCUGAAGAGCUUCCAAGGGGAGAUUGAUGCACUGAGUAAACGAAGCAAAGAAGCUGAGGCAGCCUUCUUGAAUGUCUACAAAAGAUUGAUUGAUGUUCCAGAUCCCGUGCCAGCCCUGGAUCUCGGGCAGCAGCUCCAGCUCAAAGUGCAGCGCCUGCACGACAUUGAAACAGAGAACCAGAAACUUAGGGAAACACUCGAGGAAUACAACAAGGAAUUUGCUGAAGUAAAAAAUCAAGAGGUUACGAUAAAAGCACUUAAAGAGAAAAUCCGAGAAUAUGAACAGACUCUGAAGAACCAAGCUGAGACUAUAGCUCUCGAAAAGGAACAAAAGUUACAAAAUGAUUUUGCAGAAAAGGAGAGAAAGCUGCAAGAGACACAGAUGUCCACCACCUCGAAGCUGGAAGAAGCGGAACAUAAAGUUCAGACUCUGCAAACAGCCCUGGAAAAAACUCGAACAGAAUUAUUUGACCUGAAAACCAAAUACGAUGAAGAAAUUACUGCCAAGGCCGAUGAAAUUGAAAUGAUCAUGACGGACCUUGAAAGAGCAAACCAGAGGGCAGAGGUGGCUCAGAGAGAGGCGGAGACCUUAAGAGAGCAGCUCUCGUCAGCCAACCACUCUCUCCAGCUGGCCUCGCAGAUCCAGAAGGCGCCGGACGUGGAGCAGGCCAUAGAGGUGCUGACCCGCUCCAGCCUCGAAGUUGAGUUGGCCGCCAAAGAGCGGGAAAUCGCCCAGCUAGUGGAGGACGUGCAGAGACUGCAGGCUAGCCUCACCAAGCUGCGGGAGAACUCCGCCAGCCAGAUCUCCCAGCUCGAGCAGCAGCUGAGUGCCAAGAACAGCACACUCAAACAACUGGAAGAAAAACUCAAAGGACAGGCUGACUAUGAAGAGGUGAAGAAAGAACUCAAUAUUCUGAAGUCCAUGGAGUUUGCACCGUCCGAGGGAGCUGGGACACAGGACGCAUCCAAGCCCCUGGAGGUGCUGCUGCUGGAGAAGAACCGCUCGCUGCAGUCCGAGAACGCCUCUCUGCGCAUCUCCAACAGCGACCUGAGCGGGUCAGCCAGGAGAAAAGGGAAAGACCAGCCUGAGAGUCGGCGUCCUGGACCUUUGCCGGCGCCCCCUCCUCAGUUGCCCCGCAACAUGGGGGAGCAGGCUUCCAAUACUAAUGGUACACACCAGUUCUCACCAGCGGGGUUAACUCAAGACUUUUUCAGCUCAUCCCUGGCAAGCCCCAGCCUACCCCUGGCUUCUACGGGAAAAUUUGCACUAAACUCUCUCCUCCAACGACAGCUAAUGCAGUCCUUCUACUCCAAGGCCAUGCAGGAAGCAGGAAGCACAAGCAUGAUUUUUUCAACAGGUCCAUACAGCACAAACUCCAUAUCUUCCCCAAGUCCAUUACAACAAAGCCCAGAUGUAAAUGGCAUGGCCCCGUCUCCCAGCCAGUCAGAAAGUGCUGGGAGCGUCUCCGAGGGCGAGGAGAUAGACACUGCAGAAAUCGCCCGGCAGGUGAAAGAGCAGUUGAUCAAGCACAAUAUUGGACAGCGCAUUUUUGGACAUUAUGUCUUGGGACUGUCUCAAGGGUCCGUGAGCGAGAUUCUGGCCCGGCCCAAACCAUGGAAUAAACUGACCGUUCGCGGCAAGGAGCCUUUCCACAAGAUGAAGCAGUUCCUCUCGGAUGAGCAGAACAUCCUGGCUCUUCGCAGCAUCCAAGGCAGACAAAGAGAGAAUCCAGGCCAGAGCCUGAACAGACUAUUUCAGGAAGUACCGAAACGAAGAAAUGGGUCUGAAGGUAACAUCACCACCCGGAUCCGAGCCUCAGAGACGGGGUCCGAUGAAGCAAUCAAGUCUAUCCUGGAACAAGCCAAAAGGGAACUGCAAGUGCAAAAAACUGCAGAGCCCGCCCAGCCUUCUUCCACAUCUGGCAGUGGGAACUCCGACGACGCCAUCCGCUCCAUCCUGCAGCAAGCCCGCCGAGAAAUGGAGGCCCAGCAAGCUGCCCUCGACCCCGCCUUAAAACCAACACCACUGGCCCAGACUGACAUUGCCAUCCUGACCCCCAAGUUAAUAUCCACCUCGCCCAUGUCCUCAGUGUCCAGCUACCCUCCUCUCGCCAUCUCCUUGAAAAAGCCCGCCUCCGCCCCCGAUUCCAGCACCCCCGCUCUGCCCAACCCCCCUGCCCUCAAAAAGGAGUCCCAGGACGCACCUGGACUGGACCUCCAGGGAGCCACCGACCCCACACCGGGCGCCCUGCGGCACGUGAAGAACGAGCUGGGCCGCAGUGGCGGGUGGAAGGACCACUGGUGGAGCACCGUGCAGCCGGAGAGGAAGAGCAACCCUCCCCCCGAGGAAACCAAGGCCGAAGAACCCGGCAGCGGGAAAGAAAAAGGUGGCAGCAGUCAGGCGAGGGCCGAACGCAGCCAGCUCCAGGGACCCUCCUCCUCCUCCUCCGAAUACUGGAAGGAGUGGCCCAGCGCCGAGUCGCCAUACUCCCAGAGCUCAGAGCUGAGCAUGACCGGAGCCAGCCGCAGCGAGACACCCCAGAACAGCCCCCUGCCUUCCUCCCCCAUCGUACCCCUGUCCAAGCCCACCAAGCCCGCUGUCCCUCCGCUGACGCCUGAGCAGUAUGAGGUCUACAUGUACCAGGAGGUGGACACCAUCGAGCUCACCCGGCAGGUGAAGGAGAAGCUGGCCAAGAACGGCAUCUGUCAGCGGAUCUUCGGGGAAAAGGUGCUGGGCCUGUCCCAGGGCAGUGUCAGUGAUAUGCUGUCCCGGCCGAAGCCAUGGAGCAAGCUGACCCAGAAAGGCCGCGAACCCUUCAUCCGGAUGCAGCUCUGGCUAAACGGCGAGCUGGGCCAGGGCGUCCUGCCAGUCCAAGGACAGCAGCAGGGGCCAGUCCUCCAUUCUGUGACGUCACUACAGGACCCUCUGCAGCAGGGCUGUGUGAGCUCAGAAAGCACACCAAAGACGUCUGCCAGCUGCAGCCCUGCACCAGAAUCACCAAUGAGCUCGAGUGAAUCGGUGAAGAGUUUGACUGAACUGGUCCAGCAGCCCUGUCCCCCCAUUGAAACAAGCAAGGAUGGCAAACCGCCAGAACCCAGCGACCCGCCUGCUUCCGACUCCCAGCCCACCACCCCACUGCCUCUCUCUGGACACUCGGCCCUCAGCAUUCAAGAGUUGGUAGCCAUGUCUCCAGAGCUGGACACCUACGGUAUAACCAAGAGGGUCAAGGAGGUGCUGACUGACAACAACCUUGGUCAGCGCUUAUUCGGGGAGACCAUCUUAGGGCUCACCCAAGGCUCUGUCUCCGACCUCCUCGCUCGCCCGAAGCCCUGGCACAAGCUCAGCCUGAAGGGCCGGGAGCCCUUUGUCCGCAUGCAGCUCUGGCUGAAUGACCCCAACAACGUGGAGAAGCUGAUGGACAUGAAACGGAUGGAAAAGAAAGCGUACAUGAAGCGGCGGCACAGCUCAGUCAGCGACAGCCAGCCCUGCGAGCCACCCUCCGUUGGCAUUGACUACAGCCAAGGCGCAAGCCCCCAGCCCCAGCACCAGCUGAAGAAACCCCGUGUGGUGCUGGCUCCUGAAGAGAAAGAAGCUCUGAAACGAGCAUAUCAGCAAAAGCCAUACCCGUCACCAAAAACCAUCGAAGAACUCGCCACCCAGCUCAACUUGAAAACCAGCACUGUCAUCAACUGGUUCCACAAUUACAGGUCUCGGAUCCGCAGAGAACUGUUCAUUGAGGAGAUCCAGGCCGGGAGCCAGGGCCAGGCCGGGGCGAGCGACUCCCCGUCGGCCCGCAGCAGCCGGCCGGCGCCCAGCUCCGAGGGCGACAGCUGUGACGGCGUGGAGGCCGCCGAGGGCCGGGGCGCCGCGGACGCGGAGGAGUCAGGCGGCCCCGCGGCCGCCACCAAGUCUCAGGGAGGGCCCGCCGAGGCCGCCGCCGCGGAGGAGCGCGGAGAGGAGGCGCCGCGGCCCGCGGAGAAGCCGGAGCCGCCGCCCUCGGGGACCCAGGCCCCGCAGGACACCGACGAGGGCCGCCCCCGGGCACCACCGCCGCCCGAAGGCCCCUUGGACGGCCCGCGGCCCGUGCCAAACCCCGCGGCCGCCGGGGAGGACGCCGCUACCUCAGCCGCCCCGGGGGAGCGCCCCGCCCGGGCCCGGGACGCCGCCCCCAGUUCCGCUUUGCCAAGCACCAGCGCGCCGGCCGCCCGCAGGCCCAGCUCGCUGCAGAGCCUCUUCGGCCUCCCCGAGGCGGCGGGCAGGGACUCGCGAGACAACCCCUUGAGGAAGAAGAAGGCCGCGAACUUGAACAGCAUCAUCCACCGCCUGGAGAAGGCCGCCAGCCGCGAGGAGCCCAUCGAAUGGGAGUUCUGAGGCGCUGCCGCCCGCCGCCCGCCGCCCCCUGGCGGCCGCCGCUGGGAGCCGGGGCGGGCGGGCGGGGCGGGUACUGAGGCAGCGCCACCCCGCGGCCCGGACCGUGUAGCGCACUUACUGCCCUGCGGGCCACAGGGCAAAAUCGCCAUAGGCCAAGGUGCAUAUAGAAAACAAAGGAGCAUUAAGCCCAAUCUUUGUCGUGUUUUCAAGGAAGAAAACGGAAAUGUGUAGUCGAGCUUUUUUGUACCCUGAAGUGUUUUUUUUAUUGCCCUAAGUGAUUUCCACAGGUUCUGGAAUAACUCUUACAGCUUUGCCUUGCGCCCUCCUCUUUCGUGUGGGCUUUAAAAAAAAAAAAAAAUCAAACCCACAUAUUAAAAGGGGGCUUUUUAUCUGCCAUCUAAUGGCUUCAGAGCGAUAAUACACUAUUAUCUUCUUAAACCAGGAAAGGGGGAGGGGGGAUUUUUCAGAAAAAUUAAAAAAGAAAGUUUUUGUAGCUGUUCAGUUGCCACUAAGAGAUUGCACAGUCAAACCGACUCUAAACACACUAGUUUGGAUUCCUAAAUAUUUUCAAGUAAAGAAUCUUCUCGUUUGAAACUUUGAAUUAAAAUAAAACACAUUUACUCCAUAUUUUUUAACAAAAAGAAAAGUCACAUCAGGAAAAUAACUGAUUUUGUGGUAGCUGAUAUAGUGUUUUCUUGUACGUGAAUAGAAUCCUGACAUGUAGUGCACAUUGAUCCAUAGCUUUAACUGACUCUGGGCUUUUGCUGGCCAGGGUCUGUUUAAUACACUCCAUUCUAGGCCAAAUCAGGACAAAAAGAAAAGAUCCGAAUCUAGGUAUUUUAUAAUCUGCUUUUUAACCUCUAACCGCAGAGCACGCUGAUCAGACCUCAUAUCUCGGAGGUUUAGGAGACAAGUUAGAACUGUAGCAUGUACCCGUUCAUUUCGUUUAAUUUAUGGUGUCUACGUCUGUGUUAGUGCGUCUGCACAUACGUGAGCAUUUAAAGAAAGGAGGAAAGAGUAGGCCACUAAGGUUCUGGGGCCGAACGGCCCACCCCUCGUAGACAGCAGUCUUUCCUUGGCACAGAAGGCACCACACCUCACACCACUCUCCCAGGCGCCUGAUGGACUGAGCCCCACCAGGGGACGCCGCUCCCUGGGCCUGGGCCUGGGCAGGGCUCUCGCGCACUCUCUCUCUCUCUCUCCCUUCCUUCCCACCACAAGCACUGAUGACUGUUGAAGUCGUGGGAAGCUUCCUUCCCUGCAGAAGAGAGAACGUAGCAAUCUGGGCUCUGCUCCCAACCCCGUAGAGAUGGCCCAAACUGACACCAAAACGUAGAUGCUCUUCACUUCCAGACCAGACCGUUGACCCUCCAUUCAUUUUGCCUCUUGGAGCGUUCUUUUACGCAGUCUUUUACUUAGUCUUUUAGGGCAGUCUAAGUACAAAUCAAAAGUCUAACUUGUCUCUGAUUCCUCCUGUUGUCUAUGUGUAUAUGCGUGAGAAUAGAGGUGGAUGAGAGUGUGCGUGUGUGCGUGUGUGCAAUUUUAUACGUCUGUGUAUUUUCUUAAGUACCUGUGCACACAUAGAGUGCAUUACUGCCACCUUUUUUCAAUAAGCUGUUUUAUCAGUUAUGGCUUCUACAAGUUUGCUAAUUUAGACUCCUUUAUUGCCAUAUCUUUAAACUAACAAUAGAUGAUUUCGGUAUAUAUAUAUUUUUUUUGCUUAUUUAUAGGUGCUGUAUUUUAUUAUCUGAUUGUUAGGAAGGGAUGAAAGGGGCAAAUAUUCUUUAGAGGGAUAGACUGCCGGCAGUAUUGGGUAUAAUUUACAAGAUGUAGUUGUCAUACUGUAUAUUACUGAUUGAAAACUUUUUGACCGUAUUGUGUAUCAUUGAAACCUUUGUCUUAGGUCAACAUCUUUGGAUGACAUUUUAAUGGUGCAUUCAUUAUUUCUUAAGUUUAAUUAAUAUUAUCUUUUUUUGAUUUGGGGGUGGGAGGGAGUUAUAAUUUUAGAGGUAUGCUCCCGCUAUUACACCUCAGUGUGCUUGUAUUAAUUAACUUGUAGGACUUUGACUGUAAGAUGUGAAACCACAUUUCUUGCAUGAUGUUUUAGAAAUUAUAUAUUUCAUUUACAGUCUUUUAACCUGCAGCUGCAGCACUUAGUUCAAGUUUUCACAAAUUUAAGAGUCACUACACUAAAGACAAUGCCUUUUCAUGAAUAAGAAGUUUUCAGAAGGCUCUAGGAGGCUGUGAGGCAGGCCAUUUGUCUUUUGAUAGUUGCAUCAUUUCUGAACUUGAAAUCUGGUUCAGUGAGAAGAGAAUUCAAAAUGGAGGAGCUUAAGGGGAAACAGAUUAACAUCUGGCUCAAUUCAGGUGCAUUAAGAAGAGCACAUUUGCAUUAGUGACCCUUAGGACAGUGAGUAGUAGAGCCCUGACAGUACUGUGGUGUCCUCUCCACAAAAACCUUGAGGGAAUUUUGUCAUCAUGUGAUGUGUGAUGAAUCACUAAAUAUCUGAUUUUCAUCAGAAUCAAAAGCAGGGAGCUAACAGGAAAUAUUAGGGUAGAGUUAAUUUUAAAGGCAUGACUGUUAUAUACGGAGGUAUUAAAUCUGGAGAAAUUGAAAAAUUGUAAAUUUGUUCAUUCUUGUGGCCAAAAAGUAACAGUCUAAAACAGCCAUUUUGGCUCUUCCAAGCAAUUUAGUCAUUUUUGCUGUUGUGUUUUUUGUGGGUUUUUUUUUUUUUUAAAGUAGGUUAUUGUUUAUUUCCAUUCUGUCUUUUUUGCCAGACUUACAUCUGGGUGCUUGAUACAAUCAGUUGGUUAAAUUUUGCUUGCAGUUCUGUAUUUGUAUUUUUUUUCCUUUAUUUAUUGUUUCCAUUGCCAUCCCAACCCUAUGCUCUUUUGUGUUUAAGCUAUCACCGCCUGUAAUUCUUCUAAGAGCUGCCACUAAGUAACAGAAACCUGUCAGCACAGGAAGUGUCCCCCUCCUCACAGCGCCCCUCAUUUUGAGUCUAAGGAUUGAUCUUUCAUCUUGAUAAGCAAUAUUCAAGUGCCUUGAACAGCAUCUUCUCGGUGGGGUUUCACCUUCAGCUGGCUGGCGUUCCAAGCAGUGGCUCCCACAGGCAGCUGACCUCCUCUUUACGCUCCCAUCAGUUUAAAAAGCUGAUUUGUACCUCUCCCCUGGGGAAAACGGUUCCAUGCAAAACACUAACACUUCAUUACAAGCUCCAUUAUACCAUUUUAAAUGGCUUCUUUUUGUAAUUGGAGGCAGUGGUCAUAACUUAAGGUUUUUGCCAUUACUUAGCUGGCUAAGUGGAGGCUCAGCGUAAAAUCAGUGUUCGCGGCAGCCUCUUGCCCCCUGGUUCCUGCCCGCGCUCUCCCGUGGUGUCUGAGGUGCAGGGCUUGUGCGUUCUGGCCUGGACUCUUCCACCGCCCAGCUCCCAAGUGACUUCCCUUGAACCUCCAGAUCAGUCAGGACGUCUAUGAUUUCUGUCCACCAGACCGCUUUUCUUGAGAAAGAAUAACCACAGCCAUUAGCUCAAUUUAAUUAUUCUCAGAGCUGACCUGCCUGAGGAACAUCACACCCCGGGGAGAGGUGGCUCAUGGUCAGCACACUGCCCCGCGAUGCAGGCUUGGGAGAAGUCUCCAGGAAAUGCCAGGAUCUUGACUCGGAUGACUACUCUCAGACCCUGGGCAUUGUAUCUGGGAAAGUGGCUGAGGCACGAAGGUAACCAUUGAUGGCCUGCCUCCCUGUACUUCCAGUGCACAAAUGCCUCCCUGCCCGGUUUCCUUCCUGAUGGCAUCUUUGCUUUCUCCCCGUUUAAAAUCCAUCCUGUCCCAUGUGGACUUCCAGGUCUCCUGGUUGGUGGUCCAGACCCAGAGGGCUACGGAGCUCUGGGUUAAUUUCCUCUGUGCACGAGCGUCCGCCACCCCGGGCCCUGCUGGCGAGCUCCAGGAGGAAGGGAACGCCCCGCCUGCCUCCUCAGCCAGGCACAUCGGUCAAGGGCAAACCUAGCGGCAGGCAGGUUGUGCUUUAAUCCACGGGAGCGCCCCAGUGCCGCUGACUCCCCUAAGAUCAGGCAGCAGUCACGCUCUGAGAGACUAGAGUAAGAACCACCGGCAUCUCGGGCUGCCAGAGGGUGCCUUCCCGGCUGCUGUUUCUCUUUCCUGAACUCUGUUCUUUCGUGCAGGAGUAAUCAGUGAGUCCUACGGACGUUCUAUGCAAUGGUUUUCAUUCCUCUGAUUUUAGAAAAACAGACCUUACUGAAAUAGCAGAGGAGCAGGGCGAGUGUGUGCACAGCCUGGGUGAGCACAACGUGGAACAGUGAUAGUGACUCAGGGGAGCAGGAGCUGGGGGACCACAGCCUUUACCUUAAAUGCACUAUGACGGCCGCCUCUCAGCAGGCCUGGAAAAACAAGAGUCUGCUUGUGGCUCUCCCAAGCCCCUGCUUUUGGAGGCCAGAAAGCCAGCUGUGAGGGGAGGUGUAACCAGGCGAGGUCCUGGCAUGGGGUGGGCUGUUUGCCGCAUCCCUUCAGGCCAGAGGUUUGGCUCCUUCCCUGGACGCCCUCCCUUGUCACAGCCCUCACGUACCCCCGUCUACCUCACUAGCCUGUGCUCCCGUUUGACAUCACUCCUCACCCACACCUCUCGGAACCGUGCAGCGAGUGGGCUGGGGGGAGAGAAAAAGGCUAGGAGGGUGGCAUCCAGGAUCUAGGCCUGGUGGGCAAGCAUCUUCUCUCUCUCUUGUGAGCACAACAUGUAGGCAGCUGUGCUCUGUGAGGCACAUGGAUUUUCCUCUUGACUUCCACCUGUUCUUAAAGAUCUGUCAGCUGUUUCCUUGGCAGGCAGGGACAGUCUCAGGCCUCAAAGGGCCUUGUCUUUGGCCUGCCUUUUCUUUCUGCCCAUUUCUGCUCAGCUGUUACGAUCCAUCACAGUCAUUCUCCUUGCCCUGGGCUGCCCCUAAAUGGCCACAUGAGGACACUUCCCUGGGGUUCCUACCUGGCCUUGGGGAACUCUGCCUUUAUUCUCUCUGGCUCUGGGAGGUUAGGACUUCAGCUCCACUGUCACACUCCUUUGGUAACACCUCAAAGACGGGAGAGGAUAUAGCAUUCUCCAGCCCAGUCACCCCGUCUUCAGUCACGUGGCUCUUUUCUUCCCAAGAAUAUGCCAGCCUCCACCCAGUGCUAAAGGAAACCAGCUCCCAGGGCUGCUGGUUGGAUGUGGAUCCAUCCUCCCUGGUGGCCAAAGUGUUCUCCUGAUGGAAAGGAUUUGGAAGUGGGAGCGUGAGAUCUGUGCCGUCAUCCUGUGCGUGAGCACUUACCAGUAAAAGCUCACGUGUAAAAAUGCCCCCCGUCGCUCUGCAGUUUCACUUGGGCCUUGGUGUCCGGUGAGCCUUCACGACCCACAAGGCAGAGCUCCUGCCCUGAGCGGCAAGGUGGUGGCCUGGGACUCCACCGUGAUGUAGUUCCAUUUCCCAGUCCAUUGGAUGGCAGGCUGGCCAGCUCGCUUGCUUGCUUGCUAAGAGAUUGGUCCAAUUUGACAAUACCAUUCCCAUUCCCAUCAGUUUCUGCCUUUCCGUAGAUGAAACCUACUGGGGGAAGAAAGGAAGAAACAAGUUCCCAAAUAAAGUUCCAAAAAGAUCCAGCUCUAAGACCUUAGAGUAAUGGUCGUCAGCUAGUGGUCCGUGAGGGGUGCUGAAGCUGAGGCCAGAGGACAGGGUGUGGGGAGCAGCAGCUGAGCGAAUGGGCCCCAUCCCAGUGCUCCUGCCCCAGCACCCCAGCAGCCUGUGAGCCUCCUGCCUGGCCAGGGAAUAAAGGGAAAUGCAAUCCCCCCUCACCAGACCCACUUGGCAGGAACUGCCCACUGCCCAGGCCGGGCUGCCACCUUCCCACCACCUCCUCCCUCCAAAGAUCUGUGUCCACGCUGACAGUGGCAUCAUCUCCACUUUCGUUUUUGGAUGAAGUGACAUUUAGCUUUAACAAGACAUUUCCAAAGCGCCUAGUCUCCUCAAAAAUGCUGACUUUAAAAGUUGGUCAUUGUAGACAAAGAACCCUAAAAAAGAUUAAUGAGAGAGAGACAUUAGGCUAUCCGUAAAUGUGCGCUUUCCCCGUCCCCAUCCCUAAACUUUUCAAACAUCUUUGAGUUGCAUUUAUGGUCAUUUUAUCCAGUACUGUUAAGAAGUGUGGCCUGUGUUACUGUAAUUUCUGUAGUGUUUAGGCUUUAGUUUCUAAUCACAAAAUAUGCUAUUUGCUAUGUAUCAAGCUUUCUGUGGUCAGAAAGGAAAGGUGCCUUAUCUCCCAGUGUCACGGCUCCAUCCCUAUGGAAAAGAAUCAGAAGCACAGUGUGAAUGGAAGCGUUGGGACUUCCGUUGCUGAAACCAGACUCCCAUCAGCCAGACACAUGGAAGUGGCGCGGGGCUGCUUUUGUUCUAUGGUUCCUUUUUCUCCUUUUUCUUUUUCCUUCUGUCUUUUUUUCUUUUUUCCUUUUUUUUAUUUUUAGUUUGCUUUAAACAGAAAGCACUUAAAUAGAUGACUAUAUGUAAAAGCUCUGUGCAAUAGAAAUCACUUUUCUUCAUUUUUAAGAGAUAAUGUAUUGCACACCAAAUGAACUCAAAGUAAGCUUUAGACCAAGACGAUUCAGGUUGUGGAUGAGUAUGUUCACUGUAGUUCCGUUUAUUCAUGAACCGAAGGGAAACAGGCUUCCCUCCCCCCGCUCCUGGCCUGCCCAUUGCUGACCACCAAGCUAGGCCUGCAGGGCGCUGGGCCAGAACCGCUGGCUGGGCAGGCGGCAGCAUGGGGGUGUUUGUGACUCAGCAGCUGAGAACCUCCCUUCCAGCACUUAACCUUUUCUUGUUGAGAUGGAUUGACUGCUACUGACCUGCCAGCGUGCGUGAGGAUAAUUAUAAAAGGAUGUUUCCUUGAGGGGAAAAAAAAAAAAAAAUUAUUUCUAUCCUCUUCUAUUUAUUAUUAGGUUAAUCAUUUAAGUACUUAUCAGGAGUAUAUUGUUGUUUUACGUUGUUGUUGUGUGUUGUUGUUGUUAUAAAUGCUUUUUGCUAUCACUCCAGUGGUUACUGUCUUCUGCCUCCUGCCUCCCCAUCCCACCCAAAAAAAAGAACCGAAGGGCCUGGGGGUUGGCGCGGGGCAGAGGGCGUCUCUCCAGCAGAAUUAGGCGUCUGUCUCCAGAGCAGCCACUCAAAAGCUGGUGGCCCUCACGUGUCUUUGUAAAUGAGAGUUGACGAACAAAAACCUACCCGUGCGAGGAAAUGCCGAGUUGAAGAACACUGGUGUGAGGAGCUGCAGAGGAGACUUAGAGAAGCAAGAUUGAGUUCCCAAAGCCUCCUAGAGCCUCUGUGCGGCUUCCGGGUUCAUGAAGCUUCAGCGAGGAGCCCUGGGCAGAGGGCGCGGGGGCCUGGCCAAGGCCAUGACUUCCGAGGGAGAGGGCGGUUUCCUGUAAGGCUCACGGGGGUUGACAUGGUUCAGUUGGCUGUUGUUGCUGUUGCUGUUGUUGUUGCUGUUAUUGUUGCUGUUUUUCUUGCAUACGAAUUUGGUCAAAACCAUCUGUUGAAGCAACAAUGCUCUUAGCUUGGCUGUGGCUUGAGGGCCCACACCAAGGAGGUCAUGGGGGAGCCCCUCUCCCCCUUACUGUGGUUAAGUGUGCAGGGAAGUUAGAUGUGGGCAGAGCUCUCUGAGGAAGAAGCACAGCCAACAAGACCCCCAGUUGCUUGCAGAGGGGUGUGAGGGCGAAGCGGGUCUGGCCUCGGGCCUGUGGGCUCACUGUCGUGGGCACAGGAGAAGGAAGCUCCCCCAGGCCGAAGCAGGGGGUGAAGGCACCUCGUGAGCUGCUGACCCCGCCUGGUGCCAGACCGCUGUCUGCUCCAUCCACAACCCCGGCUCCCUCUCCACGCCAUGACUUUUCCCCUUCUCUGAAGUCAUUUGGAGGCCCUGGUUUUGUUCUCAUCUCUCAAAGAAACCCUCCAAUGAAACAGCUGUCCUCAUCCCCUCCCCAAAGGGUUUCCACUUCUCUCUAAUCAGUCUAUGCAUGUCUCUCUCUGGAGCCGUUUUCUGCCUCUUGAGAAAACGGGCAUCUCAUGUCCCGCCAUCUGAGACCCUCAGAAAAUGCUGUGCAUUUUGGAGAUGUGAGGAUGCGUUCAAAAUUCUUAAAGCAUUUGAGAUUAGCUUGUUAUAGGGACAAGAAAAGGUUUUCCCACGUCCCUUUCCACUGAGUAAGACCUAGCUCUUUGCAAUUGUGCAAUAACUACUUGCCUGCGAGCGGGUAGCCACGCUCCUGUCCAGACUACUAACACAGCACAAGCCAGGCGCGCUCAUGGAGUGGCGACUUCUUCCGGAGAAUUCUUAAUAAGCUCAGCCCCCGUGCCCCCUCUCCCCACCCAGUGUAUCGUGGUGUCUUACAUUUUAGCAGUAUUUUAUAUUUUCUGUAACGCACUAAGUCUUAGAUGUUUUUAGAGCUUGUUUGUUAAUACUCACAAUCACAGACUUUUUAAAAAAGAUCCUCACAGAGACCCAAUUGACCAAAAA